AUGGUUAUUAUCCCGACUACUUCAACUGAUGGCCACUCACAGCCUGUUGCCAUCACAGGUCAAGAAGGGCAGGACCCUGAUGAACCCCCUAUACCGCGGCCCUCUUCUUCCAUUGAAGAAGUAAAGCAACUGAAGACAACGCCGGUCACAGAGCUGAGUACUGUAGGAACCGCUAGUAAUAGCGUCACUGCAGUAAACAGUCGAGAUGGCUGGGGUAUAUUCACUGGAGAUGCAGACAAUGCACAUGUCUGCGACCAUCAUGAUGUGGCCAAAUUCUUAGAAGUUGAACCAGUUUCUGGUCUCUCAACUUUUGAUGCAGAAAAGCGUCUUCAAACCCAUGGUCCUAACAAGAUCGAUGGCUCGGGGCAAGUCUCCCUAUGGGAGGUGUUGCUUCGGCAAGUGUCCAACAGUUUAACAAUUGUUCUGGUCAUCGCUAUGGCACUGUCGUAUGGAACUCUCGAUUUCAUCGAAGGAGCCGUCAUUACAGCCGUCAUUCUUCUCAAUAUCGUUCUUGGAUUCGUCCAAGACUACCGAGCUGAAAAGACUAUGCAAUCGCUACUGAGUCUUGCAGCUCCAUCAUCCCAGGUCGUUCGUAAUGGCAAGAUCGAAAUCAUCAAAUCUGAAACACUCGUCGUCGGUGACAUUGUCAAAUUGUCUACCGGUGUCGUCGUGCCCGCUGAUUUACGCCUUGUUGAAAGCACCAAUCUCGAGGUCGACGAAGCUCUUCUUACUGGAGAAUCUCUUCCUUCCUCUAAAAAUGCUGAUAUUACCCUUGCUAGUGCCGAUGUUCCUCUCGGCGAUAGGGUCAACAUGGUCUAUUCGGCAACCACCGUUACACGAGGACGUGCAACCGGUAUCGUCGUAGCCAGUGGUAUGAAGACUCAAGUCGGCAGCGUUGCCCAACUUCUGCGAGGCGGAGACAAUUCCCCAGAGAGCACCAACGUCUUCAAAAGAUGGUUCAAGAAAGUGGGUGGCGGCUUCAAAAGUAUUCUCGGACUCGUCGGUACUCCUAUGCAAAUCAAAUUGUCAAAAUUUGCAAUCCUUCUAUUCGGUUUAGCUGUUUUGCUAGCCAUUAUAGUCUUCUCUGCGAAUAAAUGGCAACUCCACAAUGAAGUUGUCUUAUACGGUAUAUGUGUUGCCGUCGCCGUUAUCCCGGAAUCUCUCAUCGCCGUCAUGACCAUCACCAUUGCCGUUGGCGUCAAAGCCAUGGCUGCAGGAAACGUCGUCAUCCGAAAAAUGUCUGCACUUGAAGCCAUUGGCGGAGUGACGAAUAUCUGUUCAGACAAGACGGGUACAUUGACUCAAGGCAAAAUGGUUGCACACAAAGUCUGGAUCCCUGGUUUCGGAAUGCUGAGUGUAGAAAACGCAACCAAUAUUCUAGAUCCAGAGGACGCAAAGUUGUCAAUCGAUAACGAACCUUUAGAUCUAUCAGAUCUUGCUUCUCAACCUAAAAUUGAGAGGCUUGUACCUGUUUUAGACGCCGUUGCUUUGUGUAACUUCGCCUCGGUAUUCAGAACAGAAUCUAGCAAUGAUGGAACCGAGAAAGUUCCAUCUCUCGGUAACUGGAAAUCAGUCGGUGAUCCAACUGAAGUCGCCUUACAAGUUCUAGCGAUGAGGUUUGGUCACGGAAAAGAUGCUCUCUUAAGUUCUGGCGAAUUGUCUGCUGUCAUGGAGCAUCAAUUCGAUUCAAGCUUAAAGAGAAUGUCAAUGGCUUACAAGAACUCAAACACCAAUGAGGUGGAGGUGUUUGCUAAAGGUGCAAGCGAAUCUAUCCUUCCAAUUGUUGACUUACCCGACAAAGACCGAGACGUAAUCCUUCAGAUGCUAGAAAGUCUAGCUAGUGAAGGUCUUCGCGUUCUAUGUAUCGCUACAAAGACCGUCUCCGACGAUGAGGAAGCACAACUAUCUGACCGCCAGUUCAUGGAAUCUAAACUUAAGCUUCAAGGACUAGUUGGACUCUACGAUCCCCCGCGUCUGGAGACUUUCGCUGCUGUAAAGAAAUGCCACGGUGCUGGUAUCAAAGUUCACAUGCUUACCGGUGACCAUCUCUCCACAGCCACGGCCAUCGCUCAACUUGUCGGUAUCCUCGAUCCUUCUACCCAGACCAUUGACUCCGUUAUGCGAGCCCAAGACUUCGAUAAACUCAGCGACGCUGAAAUUGACGGAUUGGUAAAUCUACCAGUCGUCUUAGCGAGAUGUAGCCCGCAAACCAAAGUCCGCAUGGUCGAGGCUCUCGCUCGUCGAAAAGCAUUCUCGGUAAUGACUGGCGAUGGUGUCAACGAUGCUCCAGCCUUGAAACACGCAGAUGUCGGAAUCGCGAUGGGAAUCAAUGGUACCGACGUCGCCAAAGACGCAGCAGACAUGGUUCUAACAGACGAUAAUUUCGCAUCUAUCGUCAAAGCCGUAGAAGAAGGCCGUCGUCUAUUCGACAAUAUUCAGAAGUUCCUAAUGCACCUCCUCAUCUCCAACAUCGCCCAAGUAAUCCUCCUUCUCAUCGCUCUCGCCUUCAAAGACAGCCGCGGAAACUCCGUUUUCCCACUCUCUCCCCUUGAAAUCUUGUGGGUAAAUAUGAUCACUUCCUCCUUCCUGGCCCUCGGUCUGGGCAUGGAAGAAGCGCAAGCCGACAUCAUGGUUCGUCCACCACGGGACCUCCGCGUCGGUGUCUUCACCUGGGAGCUUAUCUGCGAUAAAAUGCUCUACGGCACCUGGGCCGGGAUCCUCUGUCUCAUCUCUUUCAUCAUCGUCAUUUUCGGCCCGGGAAACGGAAAUCUUGGAGUGGAUUGCAACGAAGAAUUUAACGAGACUUGCACGACCGUGUUCCGUGGCCGUGCUACCGUUUUCGCAGUUCUCUCGUUCUUACUCCUCGUCACGGCCUGGGAAGUCAAGCAUUUCUCGCGCUCGCUGUUUAAUCUCGACCCCGCACGUUUCCCUGGGCGCUUCUCCAUUUUCAAAGCACUUGCAUACAAUCGCUUUUUACUUUGGGCUGUGGUUGCGGGCUUCGUGAUCACCUUCCCGGUUAUCUAUAUCCCGACGGUCAAUACGAUUGUGUUUAAACACAAGGGGAUUACCUGGGAGUGGGGAAUCGUCUUCGGUGCGCUCAUUGCGUAUAUCGCUUUCGUGGAAGCAUGGAAAGCAAUUAAACGACGGUUUGGGAUUUGGUCCGGGAAGGGCCAGCGACAGACUUUGGCUCUUGACCAAGUCUAA